AAAGAUGAGGUUAUUCGAGAAAUUCGCAAAAGAUUAAUAGUGGACUGUACAUUCAUUGCUAGUAAAACAACUGUUAAAGCACUUAUUGAUCCCAAAUCUCGAGAAAAAGUUUCCGUUACUUUGCCAAAUAUCUUUGAUGAUAUAGUACCCCCUUCAUAUUUGGAAAUAGAUACAGCAAAUUUUGUAGUUGUUGACAAGCCUGAAUAUGAUUUGGUUUUAGGACAUGUAUGGUUAAUGCAUACAGGAUAUCGAGUUGACAGGUAUAAAAAACUACCACUAUAUAUUAAUAGAUCUAAAGAUAUCGAAGAACAAGAAUUAGAAAAAAGCCAAUAUCGCGCAAGAAAUAGUAUUUAG